GAAGCCUAUCGCAGCGCCAUCACACUUGAGGGCAAAGAGGGUAGGAAGCCGGCAUGGCGCUCCGGUCAAUAAAAUCGAUAGCUGGAAGCUGCCUGUGUUGCAGGCAAAGGCGGUGCAGUAGCAGCGCCGCCAUUUUCCCCGAAGGCAUCUUCCGGUGCCUUUCGCCCAAGUUCGGGCAGGAGUUUCCUGAAUAACAGUGAGAGGUUUCCGUUAACCCCGGAGGCGGCCGACUGCGAUUCCCUCCGGGUCUCCCCUAGACACAGUCCAGGUCCAGCGGGGGCUCGAAUCCCGGGACCCGCCGGGGGCCGAGGCUGGGACGGGGAAGGCCGUGGCGCCGGGUUCGCGGGUCCAAUGGCGCCGCCUUCGGCAGCGCUCUCCGCACGGGGACCAGGAGAGGCCGGACCGGGCCGGAGAGGGGGAAGGAAGCCGAGGGGGUUGAAGUUCGCGGACGUGGCCGUGUACUUCUCCCCGGAGGAGUGGGGGUGCCUGCGGCCCGCGCAGAGGGCUCUGUACCGGGACGUGAUGCGCGAGACCUACGGCCACCUGGGCGCGCUCGGGUGCGCAGGUCACAAACCAGCCCUCAUCUCCUGGUUGGAACGAAAUACCGAUGAUUGGGAACCGGCUGCCCUGGAUCCGCAGGAUUGCCCACGGGGGGUAACAGUCCAAAGAAGAACCAGAAAGAAUGGCGAGAAGGAAGUAUUCCCACCCAAGGAGGCACCCCGAAAGGGGAAGAGAGGGCGGAAGCCCAGCAAGCCACGCCUGAUCCCCAGACAGACGUCUGGGGGUCCCAUCUGCACUGACUGCGGUUGUACGUUCCCUGAUCACCCGGCCCUGGAAAGCCACAAGUGUGCCCAGAAUCUGAAAAAGCCUUACCCUUGCCCAGACUGCGGGCGCCGCUUUUCCUACCCGUCGCUGCUGGUCAGUCACCGGCGGGCACACUCUGGCGAAUGUCCCUAUGUUUGUGACCAGUGUGGCAAACGUUUCUCGCAGCGUAAGAACCUGUCCCAGCACCAGGUUAUCCACACCGGGGAGAAGCCCUACCACUGCCCUGACUGCGGCCGCUGCUUCCGGAGGAGUCGCUCCUUGGCCAAUCACCGGACCACGCACACGGGUGAAAAGCCCCACCAGUGCCCCAGCUGUGGGCGUCGCUUCGCCUACCCGUCCCUGCUGGCCAUCCACCAGCGCACGCACACCGGGGAGAAGCCCUACACCUGCCUGGAGUGCAGCCGCCGCUUCCGCCAGCGCACGGCGCUGGUCAUCCACCAGCGCAUCCACACCGGCGAGAAGCCCUACCCGUGCCCGGACUGUGAGCGCCGUUUCUCCUCGUCCUCCCGCCUGGUGAGCCACCGGCGCGUGCACUCCGGGGAGCGGCCCUACGCCUGCGAGCAGUGCGAGGCGCGCUUCUCCCAGCGCAGCACGCUGCUCCAGCACCAGCUGCUGCACACCGGCGAGAAGCCCUACCCCUGCCCCGACUGCGGCCGUGCCUUCCGGCGCAGCGGCUCCCUGGCCAUCCACCGCAGCACGCACACCGAGGAGAAGCUGCACGCGUGUGAGGACUGCGGCCGCCGCUUCGCCUACCCCUCCCUGCUGGCCAGUCACCGGCGCGUGCACUCGGGCGAGCGGCCCUACGCCUGCGACCUGUGCUCCAAGCGCUUCGCCCAGUGGAGCCACCUGGCGCAGCACCAGCUCCUGCACACCGGCGAGAAGCCAUUUCCCUGCCUCGAAUGUGGCCGUGCCUUCCGCCAGAGGUGGUCUCUGGCCGUCCACAAGUGUCACCCUAGAUCUGCUCUCCAGGGGCUCAACCAGAAGGGCAACGCCUUUUAGAAUGGGGAGGACUGUCUUCUGAGUUCAUUUCAUUUCGAGGAGAGACGCAGAGAAGGAAGGAGAAGCUCCAGGUCGUACAGGGCAGAUCCAGGACUAAAACCCAGGUCUGUACUAUAGACCUCAACUGAGUAUUCCAACGCACUGGCUGCCUUACUAUGUGCGUCUGUUAGAACAGACAUCUAACAGACGCACAUAGUAAGCGAGGUGACGUCAUUUGGUUCAAGUUGAACAAGCUACCCUACCCUAAGAGAAUUUCUGUGCUCGGCCACCAGGGCCAGAAGUUCUCCCCACCUGUUUUAGGAGCCAUCUGCCUUUCUAGUUUGUGCAUACAGGGGUUACCUGUCCCCUUGCAUAUGGUGGGGAGAAUCCCAUUUAUGGGGGGGCAGGAUCUUGCCCUCCUCUGCCUCUUCAUUCCAGGUGUAAACAAACCUGGGUUAGCCCCUUUUUACAACACUCCUGCCAAGUGGUGUUCUGCCCUUGCUUUAAAACCUCCCUUGACAGGGAGCUCACUACCUCACAAGGCAGGUCAUUUCAUUUUGGGAUAGCUGAUCCUUAGAAGGUGGUCAGUGCCACAUUCUCCUUCCCUAUAAGCCUUAUCCACAGUAUGUUUAAUACUUCCUCUAUAUGGCAGCCCUGCAGAUAACUUAAUCACAACUAUUUCGCCCCCGUUUUCAGGUUAAAUAGCAUUACUUUGAUCGGUCAUUCCUUAAAGACAAGGUUUCAAUUCCUACACAAGAUCUCUCUCCAAACAAGUGCUGGUUCUUCAGUGUCCCUUUUAAAGGGUCAUUUAUACAAAGUCAGCCAGCACCUCAGUGUACAACCUCCUUGGUCUGUACUUGUUUUAACAGCUCUAGGUUGCAUUGGAUUUGGGGGUGAGGGAGUGGCAUCUGUACCCAGCUUUUUUAAAAAACAAAAACCACGUGCUGUGAAGCUAAGUCUGCUGCACACUGUGUUUGGAAAGUCGGUUCAGGUUGGGUCUGGGACAUAAGUGCAGGGAGCUUUGGGAAAAGAUUGAUCUUAAGGAAAAAGCAGGGAAGGUGUGGGCUAGCAGCAAGAAGGGAAAAUGGGACUGGCUGGUAGUUUUCCUGGUGGAUUUACAUUAUUUCCAGGCAGCCAGUGGUUGGAAAAUCUUUAAGAACUAGGUCUCAUUCCUCCCUGAUUCUCAUCAGAAUAAGGAGACGUCAGCAUAGAAUUUUCCAGGAGUCCUCAGUCAACAUAUUUUCAUGAAAUGAGCCGGAGGCCAUUCAGGGAGGGUAGAAAGUUAGGUAAUUGAAUGCAGAGCAGAAACAGCCUGCCCUCUCAGGUAAGUUCUAGAACGCAGCAGUGUGUCCUAAUCUUUGAGGUGCCGUCAUGGCACCCGCCCUGACCGAGGGGCUCAGUAAAGCUUUACAGAGUUGAAUGAACAGGCCGGCCAGGUUGCCUUGGGGAGCUGCACCAAAUGACUUCUCUCAUAUUCCAACAGCUGGAAGGGGUCAUCCUAUCCCUGUUACUUCUUUUUUUCCCCACUUCUUCCGCCUGCCCCCAAUUCUGGUUUAAGCCAUUGUUAGUUGUGUAGGACACAGCUCCCUGGCCCAUAAUGGUGUUAUGAGCCUUGUGCUCCCCCUGGCUGAGGCAGUCGGUGGCCAGUCAUUGGUGGGGCCGCUCACAGGGCUCUCCCGGCUGCCCACCCUCACACUGGCCAGCAGCCUCUCAUGGCAGCCCAGCUCCAGGGGGAGCUGUUGUUCACAAUCUUAGCUGUAGAGGGCGCAGCUCACUGGCCCAUGUGGGAAUCGAACCAGCUACCCUGGAGUUGGGAGCAGGGCGCUCCAGCCACCUGAGUCCCCACCCCCCUACCCCAUUACUGCUUCCUUCAGCGCUCCUGGUCUCAGCCGCAGAGAGGGGGAGCAGCUGGGGAACACAGCUUUUGUAAUUACCUCUGUUCUGCUGGUGUUUAGCAAGUUGCAUUGUAACUGUUUCUCCUUGGAUGAUGAGCUACCCCAAGGCAGGGGUCAGACCAGAUUGGAUCUCAUUAAAAUGAUGAAUGAAUUAUGUUCCUUGUGGAAUUACUGUUUAUAAAAUAAAUCUAGUUCUUGACCGAGUAGACAUUUUUAUAGAUCCAAUGGAGACCUGCCUGCCCUACCCUAGCAGAGACUAUCAGAUAUUUGCUCAGCCUCCUGUUCUAGAACUGGCUCUUUUCCCUACUUAUCACCAGGCUGACCUAUUUCCUUACCUAGGAAUUUUAUACCUUUUUCUUUGGGCCUGACUGUAACUCAUUAAAGCUGGGGAGCCAUUGGUGGCCAAGCUCCACUGUGUGGUCUCGGGAGGGGGGGGGCACAGAUGAGAGACAACUUCGGGGUUUC